AUGCCGGAAAAGAAGACUGCUUCGAAGAAGAACCCUGUCAGUCAGGUACCACCCGCAGUAACGCCGCCAGCGCCCGCAUCCGCAUCCGCAUCAAAACCAGCAGCAGCAUCAUCGCCACCACCACCAGUAUUGGAAGAGAGCCUGGCGAAGCUCAUCGCUCUUGCCACGUCAUCGCCAGACUCGCCAUUAGGCCUCAUUUGGGCGCACGCCUUUCGGGAAGGGUCGAGGGAUGGAUUUCGAAGGGGAACAGAGCUUUUCAAGGACAAGGAUGUGAAGCAAGCAUUUCGUGAUGGUGCAGAUGAAGGACAGAUAAUGGGGAUACUGAAUGAGAGGAAGGAAUGGGAGGCAGCAGGCCACGGCUUCUGGUGUUUUGACACAAAAACAGAUUGCUUCUCUUGCGAUGUAGGACUUCCCGAGGGACACACCUGCACUGCCAACAAGCUCGAUGCUAUGGUUCAGGUUGAUUCCGUUGAGGCUCGCCCACCUUCUCUUGAUGCUGCUAUUCAGGUUUCCCCCUCACAUCACACUUCCUCAUCCCAGACCACUCCACCUCUUCUUGUCAAUGCCGAAGCUCAAGCCCAGCUUAUGGAUCUGCCCCCUGCUGCCACCACUGCUCCUACCUUGGAUCCCCCAGCCUUCGAUUGGUCUGAUGACGCCGCCUCCAUACCUAUUGUCCCCAUAUUCCCUAAAAACCAACCUCGCCGUGACCUUUCUGCCCUCCGCACCACCAACCCCAACCCCUUCAGCUCGUUAGCCCAUCGGAACCGCCGUUCCCAAUUGCCUUUGGAAAAAUGUGAGGUUUUCCGGUCCCAACCACCAUUUUGGCCACGUCGAGCCCCACCAUUCUUCCCUGUCUCACAAACUACUCCUCAUCAACGCCUCUUUUCAGUCUCAAACCCCACCACACCACCAUUGUCACCAACCCCAUUGAAGAUUCCUAUGGCCCUCAAUUGGGAAUCCGAUCCACGCCUCUUAGAUUUGAGUCAAGCUUUGAAGGCACUUGGUUGGCCUAAGGAGGAACUUGAGGACCGGAAAGGCCACCAUUCAGAUACCGUCAAGGCCAAAUUCCAUCAGGAUGUGAAGGCCCACUGUGCUUUAAAAGGGGAGCCAGAAGACCAGAAAUACAUUAUCAAGGUGCUUGCUUACCCUCUCAGCAUCUUAUUGUUAGAGAAGUUGACAAACCAACUUGGAUGUAGGGAAACCAAUUUGAUAUCAGGUCCAUGGGGGUCAGCUCCUGCACUCGAUGACAAUGAUAUUGACAUCAAUGACUUCCUGAUUGGUUCUGUUGAGGACCCAUAUGAGGCUGAUGAUGAUAUCGACAUCAACGACUUCCCAAUAGGUCCUGUCAAAGAGCCAUAUGGGGCUGAUGAAGAUAUCGACGUCAACGACUUCCUGAUUGGUUGUGUUGAGCCACUUGCAUGUGGUGCUGAUGACAGCCCCAUGGAAGAUAUUGACCAUGCCUUUGAAGGUCAACAUCUUGAACCACAUUUUGCUGUUGCUGUCAAGGAAGAAUUGUGGGAUGAUAUUUCCCUUCUCAACUCAAUCCUCGACCUGCAAUAUCUCAAGCUUGAGGAUGAACUCAAGGACAUCAUGGUUUCAUCACACCUGCAGGUUGCAUCAGAGGCUGAGCUCUCUGUUGCUGGUAUAUCUCCUGGCUUGGUUGAUGAGGUGCUCUGGACUGAGACCGACCUCCUCACUGAUAAUGAUUCCAUAACAUUGAACCUGUACACCUAA